UCAUGUCUUUUUUAUGACUCAAUUCGCUGCUUAAAACAAUUCAAGAGUCAAUGACGUACAAAUAAAAACUAACAGUCACCAUCACUCUCUUUGAGGAGAGGCAAGGAGUCUCUCUCUCCCUUUCCCCUCUCUAAACUAAAUCUUAAUAUUACACAUUGUAGAUCCCAGAGCAAAAUAUACCCAUGUACAUCAGGUUCUGCUACGCCAUUUAAGGACCAUACGUUAGCUCUAAACUUUUCCCAUUUUGGGUUCAAUUGAAGUUGGUGAAAAGAGAUGAAACCCAAUUGGGAGCUCAAGAACUGCUGCACCAAUGACCAACAGGUCUUUCUCAUCACUGUCUCAAUCUGCACUGUUGUUAUACUUGCGCUCUGGCGGACAAUAUUGCUGAGACCAUUCAAACUUGUUACAGUGUUUCUUCACGAGGCAAGCCAUGCUAUUGUCUGUAAACUGACAUGCGGCAAGGUGGAAGGAAUUCAGGUUCAUGCAGAUGAAGGUGGAACUACACAAACCCGUGGGGGUGUAUACUGGUUAAUCUUGCCAGCCGGAUAUCUUGGUUCAUCUUUUUGGGGAAUGCUCUUGAUACUUGCAUCCACAAAUCUUCUUACUGCAAGAAUAGCUGCAGGAUGUUUCCUUGCUGCUUUAGUUGUGGUACUUUUUGUAGCUAAAAAUUGGACACUUCGAGGACUUUGUAUUGGUUCUAUAGUUUUCCUUGGUGUGAUCUGGGUUCUGCAAGAAACAACCAAAGUUCGCAUACUUCGCUACAUCAUUCUAUUCAUUGGUGUAAUGAACAGCUUGUUUUCAGUUUAUGAUAUUUAUGAUGAUCUUAUUUCUCAAAGAGUUCAUUCCAGUGACGCCGAAAAAUUUGCUGAAGUUUGUCCUUGUCCUUGCAAUGGUGUUGGAUGGGGAGUAAUUUGGGGGUUGAUAUCUUUCUUGUUUCUUUGUGGUGCCAUGUACCUUGGUCUUGUGAUAUUGUCUUAAGGUACACUCUUACAUUCCACUACUUAUUUGGAUGCCCUAUAAAUUUGAAGUCUUAAAAAUAUGGAAGCAUGCCACUUGACUUCCUGAGUUUAAGCAAAGUACUAUGUUUGCUUCUAGAUUCCCAAUACAAAAUUAAAAUA